CACACACACACACAACAGAACACACGACACACACGCGCGCGAUGCGCUUUGCACUGCUGGUGGUGCUGUUGUUGCAUCUUCUGCAGACGCUGUCGCUGCACUGUGCUGAAGCCGCACCGUCUCCGCAGGUGCAGUGGAGCACGGGCGACAUAUCGGGGCCCAUAUCUGUGGCACAGGAUGUCAUGCUGGAGUUUGACAUGGACAUUGUGCGCGGUGCAGGUGUCAUUACCAUCACAGACGGCGGCAGCGACGUGCACACGGUGGCUGUGUCCGACAUGUUCCACGUCUUCGUUGACGGCAACUGCUUGACCGUGAACCUGCCCAGCGACUUGCAGCCGAGCAGCACGUACUCCGUGCUCAUGGAUGCUGGUGCGGUGCGCGAUGCGAGCAGCAACAGCGCAUUUGUCGGUGUGGCCGACAACACCACCAUCACCUUCUCCACUGGCAGCGUCAUCUACGCUGGACCGCUGGCGGGUGACGGCAAGUCUUCGGGCUCAGGCACGCUGGCUGACCCAUACCAGUCCAUCGGCCACGCAUCCAUGCAAGCUGGGCCUGGUGACACGCUCUACAUCACCUGGGAUCGAAACAGCAUCGCCAACAACAGCAACAGGUACAACCUGGCUGCCGUUGGCUCCGCAGCAGCGCCAGUCUUCAUCAAGCCUGCGCCAGGUGUGACAUGGCCAUACCAGUUUGUGUUUGCCAACGCGUGGCGCCUGGACGGCAGCAGCCACGUCGUGAUUGAGGAGUUCACCUUCGAUGGCCGAGGCGCCCUCUUUUCACACGAGGAGAUGCUGUGCAAGUAUGUGUGGAACUCCAAAGACGCCAAAGCGCUUCUCGGCGGCAUCGCCAUCAACCUGCGUGAUGCCACAUACGUCCGCAUCCGCAGCAACGUCUUCCAGCACCUUCAACAGAAGGCGGUGAACAUUGAAGACGGCAGAUACGUCGCCAUCGAGAACAACAUCAUCUACGACGUGGCCACCAAGUCUCUCAGUGGCGGCCACGGCAUCAUGCGUCAGCAAGGGAGCGGCACCUUCGGCACGCCCGACGUCGCCGACACGUACCGCUGGGACAUUCGCGGCAACCUCAUCUUCAACGUGGAGCAGCGCAUCUACUCGUGGGUGCCCAGCAAGGGCUACCUCAACAUGGUGCUCGACGAAGGCAAACCCAUCAACGUUGAUGAGACCGGCGAUGUGGACAUGACGACGCGCAUCACCAACAACGUCAUUGCAUACAGCGGCAUUGAUGCCAUUCGCCUCAAGAACACGCCGAACCUGGAGGUUUCCCACAACUCCAUCUACAGCGCUGACCCGCUCGGCGACGGCAUCACAGACCGCGACGUGAGCGGGUCCUUCGCAAACUUCACCAUCCACCACAACCUCAUCAUGACUGCACCCAACACGUUCGCCCUUGAGCUGGAUGACACCCUGCCAAACGCAGCGCACUCGUUUGGCAACGUCGUCUUGGGUGGCGCGAUCAAGCCAGCCGAACUUCCAGGUGUGACCGCGGUCACCAACAGCAUCAUCAGCAGCCUGUUCGUUGACCCUGCGGGUGGUAACUUUACGCGUGCAUCCGGUGUGCCUGUGCUUGGUGCUGGCGUGGAUGAUGGCGAGCUCCUGUUCCUGAUGACCAUGGCCCGCAAUCAUAACAUCUCGGUGCACCCAGACGACUGGGUUGCUGACCACGUCCGAGACGCCCAAACCCUUAUCGACAACAUGCCCAGCACCGUGUUCACGUCACGCGGGCAGCUCGGCCAAUCCGCACUCGAGCCACACCGCAUGGCGCUCUAUGUGGGUGUGAACGCAACGUGGAAGCAAGAGUACGGUGCUGCUGCAAGCCAGGAGCUUGUUCUUCCCGAGGACUACUGCACUUGGCUUGACGCUGCAGCUGCACGAUACAAGCAGGCCAACGGCAGCGACUACAACUGGAUCCGGCAUGGUGACAGCGUACUUGCACUCGACUACGCCGCGCGCAGUGGCGACCUGAGUGUGUAUGUCGUGCAGACGCCACACACAUACACGCAGACCCGCAAACUGGCACAGGCACAAAGCCCUGUCCACGUUGUACUCGCUGGCGAUGCGGUGAUUGACAUGCGCAACGCAACUGGCCUGAUGUCGUGCACUGCGUUUGACCUCGUGGUCGCGGACAGCGUGAGCGGCAGCUACGAGCGUGUGGUUGUGGAUGGGCUUCCAACAAGUUGGACAUACAGCGUGUCCGUCGUGCAUGAGCAGUCUCCACUCGCUGCAUCUGCUGGCGACACGGUGGAUGUUAUUCGCUUGACCAUCGAGUCAAGCAAUGACUCUUGCAGCUCUACAAGCACAGCGACUACUAUGCCAUCUACCACCACCGCCACCGCCGCCACCACCACCACCACCACUACCACACAUAAUGGCCCCGGUGAUGACGCAGGGUCUGGCACAAGUGCCAUGACUAGUGGUGCCAUUGGCGGCCUCGUUGCUGGUGUGCUGGUGGGAGCUGGUAUCGUCAUUGCUAUCGCCUUCAAACAUGCCAAUCCGGCCCGUCGCCACAGUCGCGUGCGCUGCCAAACCACCACUGCCGCCGAUGUUCCUCCUGGUACCGCUGCUGCUUCUGCUGAUCAGCACACGGUGAUCCCACUACAGGAAGCCCAGGGCUUUGUGAUCGCCCACACGCAGGAGCAAUUGAGCGUGCAGCCAAAUAAUCACAAGGGAGAUUAAGGAUAAGAUGACAAGGUGGCCAUGGUGUGAUGGGGUGGGGUGGCUGAGAAUGCCGCUCAUGGACGGCAGCUUGAUGUAACUUGAGGCUUCCUCCUGCUCUUCCCUCGUUGCAACUUUACUCUGACCUCUGUCUGUCUGUCUCUGUCUGUCUGUCUCUGUCUGUCUGUCUGUCUGUCUCUCUCUCUCACUCACUCUCACUCACUCUCACUCACUCACUCUCUCUCUCUCUCUCUCUCUCACACUCUCUCUCUCUCA